AUGGGCUCAAAGCCCUCAAAAUCAGUAGGUCCGCUUGAACACUUCAACAUAGCCGAGAUUCAAGCAAUCGAGGACGAAAAUGAAUCUGCUCGAGCCAAACAGCUUUUGGUAAUCAGACAAAGGAACCUCAGGCAUAGGAGUAUCAUUUCUCGGCGGACACUAGGACACAGGAAGACGAUCAGGUCAUCGAUUUUUGAGGAUGUUGCCCUUGAAGACUUGUGUGAAGCGUCUGGAUUAGAGUGCGAUGAGGUCGAAAAAACUGGCCGCGUAAAAGCAAAAUGCAAAGAAGAAACUCUCAGAAGACUAACAACUCAUGAAGCUACUAAAGAAGUUUUUCAGAAUAAAGAGUCGUUUCAAAAAUUCAUGGACAGUAGAAUGGGAACAAAAGAAGAAAACCCAGCAGGAGGAGGAGGAAUGCUGCUGAACCCAAAUUUUAGACUCGAUAUCACAAGAUCAAACUUGUCGUUUACAAGAUCAAACUUAAGCCUUUCAUAUUCAAAGAGCAACACAGAAGUUGCAGAACAAAGUCAUGAAUCAUCAGAAUAUAAACGAGCAAAUACAAUAAACAACCCGCUAAAGCCGUGGAGAGAAUAUGAAAUAAUGCCAAGCAUAAGAGACAUGACAAGCGAACACACACUUGACGAUUGUAGCAAAAGACGAGUAUCAAAGAUCAUGGAACCUAUGAAACAAAAACCAUUAUCCGAAGAGUUUUAUACACCAAAUUUUGGACGGACUUCAAUAGGGCCAAUGAUGGAGAGUGGCAUUUCCAUCACUCGAACCGACACGAACAACAAGAGUCAUUCUAUCCAACGCGGUCGGAGUAGCUACAUAGGGCCAGCUGGGCGCAAAUCGGUGCUUACGAACCAUGUGACGGGCAGAUCAAGUGUGAUAACGGAUAGGAGUAGAAGACAAAGUAUCGCGAUAGACGCUCUCAAGGACCGCCGGACAAGCAAGAAAAAGAGAAAAUCAACGAUGGAGCCGAAGACGAUCUACUCGCUCGAUCAGGACUUUAAAAGCACUCUUUAUACGACCAUCAGUCCCGAAAACCGGAAAAAAGUGUCGAUCGCAUGUCGCGUGAAUGAAGAAACACUGAUGAUGGCUGAGUCCAUGACGAAAUCUAAAGAAAAGAAGAAAAAAAUAUGUCCGUUCUUCUAA